AUGCUUGAUUCCACCAACGGUUACUUCAACAGUGAACCCGAAGAUCAUAAUAGUUCAAUUUCAGUUUACUCAGGUAAAAAUAAAGAGUGUAUAUGUUCUUCCGAAGUUGGACAUGUUGAUGCUGCGCCCGUUGAAAAUCCAUCUCCUCCGCAGGUGGAUACUACCAUUGCUAUAAAUCGCCCUCGACGUACACGUAUGCUGCCAUCAGAUGAUAAUAUGUAUGCUCAGCUUCGAAUAUAUUACCAGAACGUGAGAGGACUUCGUACGAAAAUCGAUGAGCUGUUCGUUGCUGCCACGGAUGUUGAUUAUGAUGUGAUUGUUUUAACUGAAACGUGGUUGAACGAUCAAAUCAACUCGAUUCAGCAAUUAGGACCAAGUUACACAAUCUACCGCAAUGAUCGUGACCCAUCAAGUACUGGAAAAACGCGAGGUGGUGGUGUUCUCAUCGCGGUAUCCAACCGGCUAUCGUCAAAACGAAACACAAUUAACAACAACGGUAUUGAACAACUGUGGGUAAAUAUUCACAUUCAAGAUGCCACUAUAUGUGUAGGUGUUGUGUAUCUUCCUCCGAGCUCUGCUGAUGAUGCUAAUGUUAUUCAAGCGCAUGUCGAUACCGCGCUUGAUAUCACUAACUCUCUGGAACCAAACGCUGUUCAUUUACUGUUUGGCGAUUAUAAGCCUGGGCUUAUAUGGAAAUUCACUUAUUCUGGCUGCGCUUCUCCCGAUCCAUCUGAAUCUACUUUCUCAAGGUCUAGUAUUGCCUUACUCGAUGGGAUGUCCAUACUAAACAUGUCACAAAUGUGUACAGUUACUAACACACGGAAUCGAACCUUAGAUCUGCUGUUUGUCAACGAGGAAGCUUCGAAAAACUGCUAUAUCUUUGAAGCAGACGAGCCGCUGGUCGAUAUUGACUCACAUCACCCUCCUCUCGCAGUGACACAGGUCUGCCCCCAGCGGAUUUCUUUCGAUGAGAUCCUUGAAGACCGAAGUUUUAAUUUUUCAAAAGCCGAUAUUCCUGGUCUCAACAACUCACUACAGAAUAUCGACUGGUUGAACCUGCUAAAUCACGCAAUAGAUGUUGACGUUGCUGUAGAUAGGUUUACACUCACCUUAACAGAUUUGUUCAGAGUACAUGUUCCUGCACCUAGUCCUCGCAAUAAGCCUCCCUGGUCAAAUCGGCGCCUUCGACAGCUCAAAAGUUGGAAAGCAGCAGCACUCCGCCAUUAUACAAGCCGACGAAACCCAUUCACAAAGCAGGAGUUUAUUAUCGCCAGCAGCAAUUAUAAAUCGUACAACCGCUUUCUUUAUUCCAGACAUGUUUCAAAAACUCAAUCUAAUCUUAAACGAAAUCCAAAAAGCUUUUGGUCUUUUGUAAAUGGAAAGCGCAAGGAGAAUGGACUUCCUUCCAGUAUGUUUCUGGCAGAUGAACUUGAAAGCACACCUCGUGAUAUCUGCGAUCUGUUUGUGAAGCAUUUUUCAAGUGUAUUUAAAAAGGCUUCGGCCUGCCAACUGAAAUUGAAUGCGGUAUUCGCGAUGUUCCUUGUGAUGUGUUGA